UCACUCUUUCGUAUUAUCCCUCUCUCUGUAUUCCACCUCCCUCGCCCUCUCUCUGUCACUGUCGGAGAGCUGCAGGCAGACGAGGCAGCAUGCACUAAUGUUGCUAUAUUUGACGAGCCACGCGCACACCCUCUUCUGCCACAUGCACGGCUGCACACUCAUAUGAGAGAGAGGAAGGGGAGGCGAGGGCACAGAGGCUUUAAGACGCACUGGAUGCGGUCUGAGUGCUGGAAUCACAAACAUAGCGAAACACGGCGAGGGGGUAAUGCAUGACGCCAGCAAACCAAUCGUGUUUUUGCUCUUUAUCUCUCUCUCUCCCUCUCUCAGACACACGCUCACGCCUCUCAGACACACGGCAGCACACGAGCCAGGGAGCGGGACGGCGUUGGACGUAUCAUUCAUACAGAGGAAAGAUCAGAAGGAAAGGAUUAACUCCCUCCAGCCUUCUCCCUCCAAGGAUCUUAUCCCCUCUUCCCUCCUCGUGUUCCUCUAAGCCCAUCUUCACCUCGUUUUUUUUUCUUCUUUUUAACAAUCCCUCGUUUUAAAAAAAACAAAACAAAAACAAUCUUUCUUUUUUACACAAUUCAUUUGUGGGCUGAGGGAAGCAGACAAGACAGUCACAAUUUUUACCCUGCGGAUUGCUUUGGCUGAAGCAGUGACAGUUUUUUUUCUUCGAUGUUUUGUCCUGUGAGAAAUUUUUUGAUCGUUUGCUUUUCAACACAGUAUCUUUGGAUGAAUGGCUGACGGCAGCAAGCUGUAGGGCUGGUGCCAAACUGAGGUAUCUGGUAAAAAGGUGACUUGCUGCAGCUUUUCCUCAGUCACUGUUCAUGUGGGAGCUGCAGGCAUGACGGCUUGACCCCUUCACAGCCCCACUCCUCUGGCAGAGGAAGGCCGCACACUUCUGUGUCAUGCCCCCCCACAUCCACCCCCCUGGGGGCACUGGCCUCCCCUCAACCGGCGCUACCAUCUUCUUGACCAGACACGUCUUCUGUGUCCUGAGCCUUUUGGCCAUGUUGCUUUUCCCAGCAUCCUCGUGCCCUCCUCCUUGCCUCUGCUCCUCGGACACCCUCGUGGUCGACUGUGGGGAACGUGGACUUUCCUCCCUGCCUCCUAUGCACCUCCUGCCUCCAGGGAGCCGCUCCCUACUGCUAGCCAACAACAAGUUUGCCUCGCUGGGAGCCUCAUCCUUUGCUAACCUAUCCUCUCUGGAGGAGCUGGACCUUUCAAAUAACUACCUGGAUAAUUUACCGGCCGGAUUGUUUCGAGACAUGUCCAACCUGACAAGACUGACUCUGCACAACAACUCACUAACAGUAAUGGACAGAGAGCUCUUCCAGGGUUUAGCGAGUCUACAAAGUCUGGACUUGUCUCUGAAUGGUCUGUCCACCAUUCCCAUAGGCUCUAUGGAUGAGCUGCAGCACCUCAGGUGGCUCUCGCUGGCAGGUAACAGACUUCAUGGUUUGGAGAGGGCAGCGUUUGAGCCACUGGUCAACCUGCAACACCUAGAACUGGGACAGAACCCAUGGGAAUGCGACUGCAACCUUCGUGAUUUCAAACACUGGAUGGAGUGGCUGCUGUACCGAGGGGGUAAGGUGGAUGCACUGGAGUGCACACUACCGAAAGACCUGCGUGGGAGGGACAUACGCGGCGUUCCGGUGGAGAUGUUCAACUACUGCCUCCAACUUGAAGAUGAGAAUGGAGGAGGAGGGGGUGGCGACGGUAUUCGCUCUGGACAAGGAGGCGGUUCUCCAUGCAGCAGGAGUGCUCUCAUCCCAAGUGGGGCGACGCCAGUUUCUGACAACAGUGGCAGCGCUGGCGUCGACUCCUCUUCAUCCACGGGAGGCGGCGGAGGAGGCGGCGAGGCCUCGUCGGAUUGCAGCCGCGCCCGCUACCGACCCGUGAGCGUGCGCCGCGCCAUCGGCACGGUGGUGAUUGCCGGUGUGGUGUGCGGCAUUGUUUGCAUCAUGAUGGUGGCCGCCGCUGCUUACGGCUGCAUCUAUGCUUCUCUUAUGGCCAAGUACCAGAGAGAGCUGAAGAAGAGGCAGCCGCUAAUGGGGGACGGAGAGGCUGACGGGGAGGACAGGGAAGACAAACAAAUCUCCUCUGUGGCCUAAAAAGAGGGAUGGGACAGAGAGGAGCUGGCAAGUCAAAAAGGGGGAAGGCUAAAAGCGAUGAAAA